GCACACGUAUAUAUAUGUAGAGAGAGAGAGAGAGAGAGAGAGCGAGUGUGCGUGUGCGUCUUCCGAGCUUUGCGGAUCUGCGAUUCUCCUCUCCGUAGUCCUGCCACUUGCAGUGAGGAAAAUGGGAGGAGGGAAGGAUAAGCAUGAUGGGGAAGGCAGCGGCGACAAAGGAUUACAUGGACAUGGUUAUCCUGGAUAUCCACCAGCAGGGUAUCCUCCACCGCCUGAGGCAUACCAACCACAGCCUUACCCCCCUGCACCUGGUGGAUUCCCUCCUCAAUAUGGGUAUCCUCCUCAGGGGUAUCCCCCUGCUGCAUACGCCCCUGCACCUGGUGGAUACCCUCCUCAGGGGUAUCCCUCUACUGGUGGAUACCCUCCUCAGGGGUAUCCCCCUACUGCAUACCCACCUGCAGGUUAUCCUGGUUCAUCUGCUCCACCACAUCAAGGCCAUGGUUCUCAUAUGGGCACACUGAUAGCCGGUGGUGCAGCGGUGGCUGCAGCUGGGUAUGGAGCACACCACCUGGCUCAUGGUCAUCAUCAUGCUGGGCACGGUGGCUACCAUGGCCAUAUGCCUGGUCACCAUGGCAAGUUCAAGCACCAUGGGAAGUUCAAGCACGGCAAAUAUGGCAAGCAUAAACAUGGGAAGCAUGGCAAGUUCAGGAAGUGGAAGUGAGUAUUCAGGUGUCAAUGCUAGUAAAACCUUAAUAAUUUGAAGAUAUGGAGUCAUAAUUAUGCGGCUGAUCAUUUCAUCUCUAAUGCAUCUGGCCUUCCUAGUCUGUAUUAACGAAUAAGAAACAAUCAUAUUAUGGAAAUUGUCUACCGGUAAAACCUGCUUUCUCCAUUCCUUGCGUAGAUCUUGGUGUACUACUUUGUUUACUCCUGAGGAUUUCUUGUGAGAUUUGGUACAUUGUCUUGGUAUAGCCGUUCUAUUGGUUGGACAAACAUUGGUUAUGUAGAAAUUAUGCUUACCAAUUGUUUGUCUUUU